AUGCACUGCCUGAAAAGUCUGAGGACAGCUAACCCGGGACUCUUGCAGCUAUUUAAAAAUGCAGGGAUCUCUGCCAGAGCUGGAGCUGACAACAUUGUUCUGUCCAGGAUGCAGCAACCUGUUCCUCCUCAUCUCCUCCUCUCCUGCUGGGCAUCACCCCACCAACACAGAGGCCUGCACGACCAGAAAGGCUCUGAAGUGGAUCAAGUACACCCCAAAAGUAGGUUGAUGUCCAGUAUGGAGGACCUACUUUUCUACACCAUCACUGAAGGCAAAGAGAUGAUCCCCUUGUCCCAGUUCAUCUCUGCUUUGAGAAAGACGGGUUUGUUGACAUCUGACCCUCGGCUGCGUGACUGUGUCCGUCAGAUGCGACAAUCCUCACGUGACUCUGUUGGGCCAGUCAUGAUGGACCAGAAGCUCUUCAGAAGGUGUCUUGGCAACAACAUCAUGCUGCUGACUAAGGCUUUCAGAAAAAAGUUCAUCAUUCCAAACUUUGAUGAGAUGACCCAGCAGAUCGACAGGAUGUACGACAGCGCACAACAGCAGGAGGCAGGACAAGUAGCUGACUACAUCCCUCAGCUGGCUAAGUUCAGCCCUGAUCUCUGGGGUGUGUCUCUGUGCACAAUAGAUGGACAGAGACACUCUGUGGGUGACACCAAGGUUCCCUUUUGUCUGCAGUCGUGUGUGAAGCCUCUGGAGUACGCCAUCGCUGUGCACGAGUUCGGCACUGAAUAUGUUCACCAGUAUGUGGGCAAAGAGCCCAGUGGGUUCAAGUUCAACAAAUUGUCACUAAAUGAUGAAGAUAAACCACACAACCCGAUGGUGAAUGCCGGGGCUAUCGUCAUCAGUUCUUUGAUUAAGCCUCAUUCCAAUAAGGCAGAGCGGUUUGACUAUGUGAUGGAUUUCUUGAAAAGCUUGUCUGGGACAGAGUAUGUGGGCUUUAGCAAUGCAACUUUCCAGUCAGAGAGGGAGACCGGUGAUAGGAAUUAUGCAAUUGGUUAUUACCUCAAAGAGAAAAAAUGCUUUCCUGAAAAUGCAGAUAUGAUGGCAGCCCUUGACUUCUACUUUCAGUUGUGCUCUAUUGAGGUGACGUGUGAGUCAGGAAGUGUCAUGGCCGCCACGAUGGCCAACGGGGGUAUUUGUCCAAUCACAGGCGAGCGUGUGCUGAGCGCCGAAGCCGUUCGCAACACCCUGAGCCUCAUGCAUUCCUGUGGGAUGUACGACUUCUCCGGACAGUUUGCGUUCCACGUGGGCUUGCCCGCUAAAUCUGGCGUUUCAGGUGCUGUUCUGCUGGUCGUCCCCAACGUCAUGGGUAUGAUGUGCUGGUCUCCACCGUUAGAUCGCCUUGGAAACAGUGUUCGUGGCAUUCACUUCUGUCAGGACCUGUUGUCUCAUUUCAACUUCCACAAUUACGACAACCUGAGACACUUCACCAAGAAACACGACCCCAGGAGAAGAUCAGAUGAAGAUCCAAACAAGUCAGUGGUAAACCUGAUGUUUGCAGCCUACAGUGGUGACCUCACUGCUCUGAGGAGGUUUGCCCUUUCAGCUGUGAACAUGGAGCAGAGAGACUACGACUCUCGCACAGCGCUCCACGUCGCUGCUGCGGAAGGUCACGCAGAAGCUGUUGUCUUCCUAACUGAAGUGUGUAAAGUGAAUCCCCACAUGAAAGACAGAUGGGGCAACACACCUCUAGAUGACGCCAUGCAGUUUGGACAUGAUGUUGUUGUUUCAGUCCUGCAAGAGUACCAGCGUGUGUGCACUGAUGUCGAGGCGCCGUGCGACACGGAGGAGCAGAAGACCACGCUGGAUACGCUGAAGAGCAUCGUCUAAACCACAAGGGAUCAUACGGGUUUGUGAUGGAGAUGAAUCUGUUUUAUUAUGAGAGGACUGAAAGGGCACAGGACGAUUGAGAGACCUGAUGAAUGAAUGAGUUUAUCUUAAAUAUGGUAAUAGAUGUUACAUAAUAUAUUUGUUGAAAAGCUAUUCGGUGCAGGAUGAAGUCCAUUUGAGAUGUUUUUCCUGCAGACUGGAGAAAUUGCUCAACAAUGUAAAGUAUCAACAAAGCACUAAAUAAUCACUCAAUCUGUUGUUUGUGUGGAGGAAAGAUAACAUUCAUUUAAGCCAUGAUUUGGCUUGUGUUGCAAUAUUAAUGAACUGUUUUUGUGCUCAGCUUCUGAUAGAAAAUGCCACUGUGAUGUAAAUAUCUGAUAUAUUGUGCCUAUUUAUUGUUAAGAUAUGGAAAUAUAUUUUGCUUCAUCAGUACGUCAGUUAAUCAGGGGAUUUUUAUGCCCCCCUGUGUAAUAACUGUAUAAAUAUUCCCAAAGUUGCUUCAUUAAUUAUUCUAGCUCAACAGGAGGUGAUUCAGUUGCACUGGAAGGACUGUUUCAUUGUAGUUUGUGCCAGUUCAUUGAGGCUCAUAGGCCAGUUUAUUCACUGCUGAUACCUUGUUUUGAUGUGGUUUUCUUUUUAGCUCUUUUUAUUGUGUAUCACAGAAACAUCUGCAUGUUUCUGGUGCUGGGAACAGUGCACAUUUGUGUUACUCUAGCACAAAAUAUAUAAUUCAAUUUAUGCAAAUGACUGUUGCAGACUACACACAGAUGUGUUUGAAGUGACUUUUUGAUAUAAGCAAAUUAAAGCUUUUGCUUGUUAGUAUGCGGUGUACUGAGAAACUCAGACACAACUCAAAAGUCAUGUGAUAAAAAUGUAAUAUUCUACAGUUUAAUCAUCUCAAAUGAACGCAUUUUAUUCAUUGUAUUUUAUUUCACUUAACUCAGUGAAAGGCAGUGAAACGAUUCCUCAACAUGACUUUAGUCUGUCACUGUAAAUAUGUAUCAUCCUGCUGUAAAUAAAAGAGAAAUAAGCA